CCCGCCCCCGGUGCCCGGGGCCCGCCCCGCAGGGCCAUGAAGCUGCAGGCCGUCAUGGAGACCCUGCUGCAGCGCCAGCAGCGUGCCCGCCAAGAGCUAGAGGCCCGGCAGCAGCCACCACCCGAGCCCCCCGCCGGCCCCCCGGCCCGGGCCCGUGCUGGCCCCCUGGACGAGGACAGGGAGCCCGAGAGCAGCCGAAUACAACGUGCACAGAUGGCCGCGCUGGCCGCAAUGCGGGCCGCUGCUGCGGGCCUCGGACAUCCACCCAGCCCCAGUGGCGGCUCUGAGGAUGAACCCCCGGGCUCUGAGGACGAGGACACAGCAGCCGUGGAGGGGGCGCCAGGCUCACCUGCCCCGCCUGGCCGAGGCAGGGAAGGGCUGGGACACGAUGAAGGGGACGGGCACUUUGAGGAUGUGGGCUCCGAUGAGGACAUGAAGCAGACGUGGGAGGAGGAGGAGGAGCUCGAGGAAGACCUGGCAGAGGAGGACGAGGAUGAAGAGGAUGACUAUGAAGACGAGGAAGAUGAUGAAGAGGAAGGGCUGGGCCCCCCGGGCCCCACCAGUAUCAGCUCAGGUGCCUUGUUCCACCGAAAGGCGCAGCUGCCUCAGCCCUUCCGUGGUGACGGUGUACCCCGGACACUGGGCGGCCAGGAGCGCCAGGGGCCAGGCCCGGGCCACCCCGGGGGGGCCUCCCAAGUGGCACCCCCACUGCAGCCGCCGGAUCACGGGGAUUGGACCUACGAGGAGCAGUUUAAGCAGCUGUACGAGCUCGACGGGGACCCUAAGAGGAAGGAGUUCCUGGACGACUUGUUCAGCUUCAUGCAGAAACGAGGGACACCUGUGAACCGCAUCCCAAUCAUGGCCAAGCAGGUGCUGGACCUCUUCAUGCUGUAUGUGCUGGUGACGGAGAAGGGCGGCCUCGUGGAGGUCAUCAACAAGAAGCUGUGGCGUGAGAUCACCAAGGGUCUCAACCUGCCCACCUCCAUUACCAGUGCCGCCUUCACCCUUCGCACCCAGUACAUGAAGUACCUGUACCCCUAUGAGUGUGAGAAACGGGGCCUCAGCAACCCCAAUGAGCUCCAGGCAGCCAUCGACAGCAACCGGCGGGAGGGCCGGCGCCAGAGCUUCGGGGGCUCCCUCUUCACCUACUCACCAGGCGGGGCCCACAGCAUGCUGUCCUCGCCCAAGCUGCCCGUGCCCUCCCUGGGCCUGACCGCCAGCACCAAUGGCAGCUCCAUCACCCCAGCCCCUAAGAUCAAGAAAGAGGAGGACUCUGCCAUUCCCAUCACAGUCCCCGGACGCCUGCCCGUCUCUCUGGCGGGCCACCCCGUGGUGGCAGCCCAGGCAGCAGCGGUGCAAGCGGCGGCAGCCCAGGCAGCCGUGGCAGCACAGGCAGCCGCCCUGGAGCAGCUUCGGGAGAAGCUGGAGUCCGGGGAGCCUCCUGAGAAGAAGAUGGCACUGGUAGCUGAUGAGCAACAACGGCUUAUGCAGCGAGCCCUGCAGCAGAACUUCCUGGCCAUGACAGCCCAGCUGCCUAUGAGCAUACGGAUCAACAGCCGAGCCUCCGAGAGCCGCCAGGACUCAGCUGUGAACUUGACCAGCACCAACGGCAGCAACAGUAUUAGCAUGUCAGUCGAGAUUAAUGGUAUCAUGUACACAGGAGUGCUGUUUGCUCAGCCGCCAGCCCCCACGCCACCCUCAGCUCCCAACAAAGGCGGCAGCGGGAGUCGGGGAGGAAGCAGCGGGACCAGCAGCAGCUCAGGCAGCCAGGCUGGGCCGGCAGGGUUGUCCACAGCCCCCACGUCUUCUACCUCAAAUAACUCGUUGCCUUAACCGCAUCACUCCCCACCCACCACCCCCCAAACCCUGCCAGACUGGGCAGGGGGUCAAGGUGGGCCAAGCAGGGGCCAGGAUGGCGGAAGAUACGGGUGGGGAGGGAAGAUACCCACAAAGGAGCCACAGCUGACGCCAAAAAAAAAAAAAAGAGAAAAAAAUAUAUACAUAUAUAUAUAAAGAAAAUUUAAUAAAACAGGGGAAAACCAAGGAACACUUGAAUUUCUCAGGUUUUGGACAUUCAGAGAGAUGAAUUGUGAGAACAGCAAGGAAAAUCAGAAAAGAGGCAAAUCUAAUACUUCUGGGGUUUUCCUGCAACCCUGGUGGACUGGUGACUCUGGUGUCUGGUUUGGACCAGCUGCAAUGUAAGGCCAACCCUGUUUACCUCAUACAUCCCUGCACUGUGUGUUUUCAUUUUUUUUGUCUUUUUUUUUUUUUUUUUAUUAGUCAUCAUACACUCAUCAUGUCCAGCUCCUUGUGUUGAAUGAAACCCCUGAGCCAAGAUCAGCUGAAUUUUUUUCUUGUUGCUUUUGGAAACUUUUUUUUUUUUUUUCCAAAGAAAUAACAUUUAAACUAUAUAGGGCUUUUAAGAGGUUUCGGGAUUUUGUUUUGUAAAUAUUCUAUUUUAUUCUUGGGGGGGGGGACCAAACCUUAGUGAAAGGAGAUAUAUAUCUAUAUAUAUGUGUUCAUUCAGGGAAACUGGACUUGAAAAAACAAAAAAAGAAAAAAAAAAGUUUAAAAAAACAACAACAACAGAAAAAAAAAAACAAGUGUAAUAACCUUUUAUUUUUCCCCGAGUGAUUGGGGUUCCUUUGUGCAUUACCUGGGAGGCAUUGGGGAGCUGGCAGCCCAGGACACUGGACCCCUGGGGCUGGAGCCACCAAAGGUGACCAACUCAGGUGCUGUGGAGCGGGCAGGGGUGGGGGUGCGUGCCAGCGUCCAUAGGGGUGUCUUCGAUGCUUUUCUUCCUGCCGUGCUCUGCUCUCUGUGUGGCCUCUUGUGUCGGGAACCUGGAUGUCUUAACUAGAAAAUAGAAGGUGCUCGUGAUUGGGAAGAGGGGCUGUCCCAACCCCCAGGCUCCUGUCUCAGGGAUGAAUGUGGCCUGAGAGGCUCCUUGCAGCGCCCGGAAUCUCGCCUGAAAGGGCUGCUUCCGGGGACUAUCAAUACUGGGGGUGGGGCAAAGCCGGGCCCAGCUCAGGUGGAAGGUUUGGGGGCCCAGCAUCCUGGGUGCCCCUCCAGACAUUCUCAUCUCCUUCUCUCUGUCCUUUUGUUUUCUCUUGGUCCUUUGUGCACAGGGCCACCCGUUCCCUCAGCUCUGUGGUGACAGUGCUGCAGAGGCCAAGGCCAAGAAGGGAGGCUGCAGCCCCCACCUCCACUCCUGUGUCUAACUGCUCCCCAGGUUAGAAGAAUGUGGGUGUCGGGGGACACAGUUGGGCCUGGGGUUGAUUCCACAUGCUGGUGAUGGCCUUUGGCGGCAGAAAUGUGUUGCCCUAAACCCCUUGCUCAAACUCUCUGCCCGUCGUCAUCCCCGGGGACCUGCGUGGUCAUGGGGGGACUGUCGCGUCUUACAUGGUCUCACGUUUCAUGCACUGGGUUUUAAUUUCUCUGGAGAGGGGAUUAACUCUGCUGAUCCCAGGGCAAUUCUGGAAUCUCUGCCUGGUCUCUCUGCCCCUAAUUGGGCCCAGGGAGCCGAGCGUAACGAGGCCAGGGUGGGCCUAAGGGGUGGUAAGGCGAGGCCUACACGGUUUCCUGGUCCCAGGCAUCAAUUUUGUUGCCUUGGAGAUGUUCUCUGGGGAUAUAGAGCCUGGAGGCUGGGCUCACUCGUGAUGGGCUGUGCUGUGUCUUAGGGAAGGGAACCCCCCUUUCUAUGUGUGUCUCAGGGUCACUUAUGCCCCCAUCCUUCCAGGAGAGGGUAGCAGGCAUCUGGGGGUUUCCUCUCAGUAGGUUCUCCCCCUCCCCUUUCCCCUUGGGCAGGCACCGUAGAAGCACAAUCAUUGAGGGAGGGAGGUCAUUCCGUACCCAAAAGGGGGAUACAAUCUCGCCCCAUGAAGAACCAUCUGGGCUCUGUCCAGUCUGUGUCCCUCCCAGCCCGGGUGCUGACGCCUUCACCCCCAUCUCCUUGCUGUCCUGCCCCCGCCUUUGCCAGCUGCCUUCUUGGGUGUCUUAGCCCCUGUCCCAUAUGGAGGCCAGGCCCCUAGCUGGGGGAGAUGUCUGCAUUUCUGUCUACCUCAGGUCUAACUUUAGAUGCCAAAAACCACAUCCCCGGGCCCUGCCUUUCCUCUCUGACCCAGAACUCACUGAAGGUACUGAUGGCUUGUCCUCGAUGCCUCCUUCUUGCUCCCAGGCGGGACCUGGGCUCUGAAAUAGGCUGUGUCCAUCUGUGCGCAUAGUGGGGCUGCAGGCGGGGACUCUCUCUUGGGCUGUGUCUGUGGGUGUCGGUGUAAGCAUGUGUGUCCCAGUGUGCAGGGAGCCCGGGUGUCGAAGGGGCUGGGUGAGCCAUUGGCCCCCUGACGCCAAGUGGGCUGGAUUCUAACUCGGGACUUGGCCUGCUGUUCAGCUCCAAUGAUUGUAGGGCGGGUGGGGCGGGCGUGGGACUUGGGACCUGUCUCCUUGGCUGACUCAGGAGGAGUAGAUGGAAAGGGACAGCAGCACUGGGGGAGCCCUCGCGGUGGUGGAAAUGUGAGGGGGUCCUAGAGACCCCAUGUUCUCGAUGCUCUGGGCCAAGUGUCCUGUCUGUGCCUACGUGUCCCCACUAAGCCCCCCUGCCAUUCCCAUCUCCUACCUGAUGCCCAUCACGGGGGUUUAAGGAAGAAGCAACUUUCUAGGGGGCAGCUCAGCACCCCAUUAUGCAAACCAGGGUGGGGAUGGGAGCAAGCGUCUCAGCCACAGGGACCCCCUGCUUGUAUGCAGCCUGUCCCAGAAGAGGUGUGCAUGGCACCCAGGACCCCACCAGAUUCAGGUCCCGGGAGUGCUCAUGUGGUGUAGGGAGGCUCCCCCUGAGCUGGGGGUGUUUGUGGAAGGGCUGCUUCUAGAAUCUUAAGCCGGCCGCAGUGUCUGGCUGUUCAGCUGUCGGGCCGGUGGGGCUCUGCGUGUGUGAUCAUGGUGCGUUUGUACAGUCACUUUUUUUGCUUUUACCAUUUUUGCCAACUUCGUUCCUUUUUUUUUUUUUCUCGGCAAUAAUAUGACAUUCAGUCUUUCCUUCUUGAUGUGUAAAAUUUCAGUCGCUCUGGGGUUUGUUAGCUGGCGUGGGGACCACGCCUGAACUCAGGUAAAAGGAAAAACUUAAAAAAAAAAAAAAAAACUUUAAAAAAAAAAAAGGCAACAAAAA